AUGCAAAAAACGAAAGUGGAGGAACCAAUUGAUUUAGUGAAACUUUCGUUGGACGAAGUCGUUUUGGUGAAACUUCGUGGGAACCGCCAGUUGAAAGGCAAACUUCGCGCUUUUGAUCAACACCUCAAUUUAGUUUUGACUGAAGUCACCGAAACGUACAAUUCGGUUUCUCGUGAUUUCCCCGUGUUAUACAUUCGGGGUGACCUUGUCGUUAUUGUAAGUCCCGAACAACAAAAAUGA